AUGUUAUCUCAUUCUCCAGAACAUGCUGUAGUUGUUUGUAAAUGUGUAACCAGCAGCUGCCUUUUCUCACAGGUUUUUUUCUCUCUCAAAAAUACUCCGAUAAGCAGCAAACAAGGAACAACCACAGGACUACAGGCACUUGGAUGUAUAUCUUCAAAAGCAGUACAGCAGGGAUAUAUAAAAAACAUGAAAAGCAAAUUAAUAGGAUUUCUUAUGAACUUUUGGAUUUCUUUUUCACUCGCUUUGUAUUUUCACAUGGGAGAAAGAGAAGAGAAAUGCAUAAUUGAAGAUAUUCCCAGCGACACCCUGGUAGUUGGGAAUUACAAAGUACAACGCUGGGAUUUACAUACACAUGACUUUCUUGAAUCUGCUCCUGGUUUGGGAAUGUUUGUGACUGUCACAAGCCCUACUGGUGAGGUACUGUUGUCCAAACUGUAUGGGCCACAAGGGACCUUUACUUUUACAUCCUACAUCUCUGGGGAGCAUAUCAUCUGUUUCCAGUCUAACUCCACAAGAUUUGUAGUGAUUGCAGGAAGCAAACUGCGCAUCCACUUGGACAUCAGAGUUGGAGAACAUUUUUUGGAUGAAUCUGCUAUUCAAGCCAAAGACAAAGUGAAUGAAGUUAAUAUCAGACUAGAGAAUCUAAUUGAGCAAAUUCAUCAUGUAACCAGAGAACAAGAGUAUGAAAGAGAGCGUGAAGAAAAGUUUCGGAAAACAAGCGAAGAAACCAACAGCAAUAUUUUGUGGUGGGCUAUAGUACAAACACUAAUCCUCAUCUCUGUUGGAAUCUGGCAAAUCAAAUCUCUCAGAGAUUUCUUCAUAUCUAAGAAGCUUGUUUAAGUUCUAUAAAGUCAAUGCAGAGAUUCAAAAAUUACACACCAUGUAAUACUGAAUAUCCAAAGAAACCCUGCACCUCUGAGAAAAUUGCUUGUAUAGAAUUCUCAGCCUUCUCUCAUCUUCUGUUCUAACUCUGGUUUCUCCAGCUAGGUCACAACCUCAGGCAUCCCCUCACAUUUUUCUCCUUGAAUCCCAUAUUUUACUAUUUUUUCCCCCAUCUACAGAUGUAAAGCUAGAUAUAGAAGGAGUCAGUGACUAAGGCAGAAUUUAAGUUCAGUACUUACUGAAGAAUGAUUAAUUUACGUUAAAUCUAAAAUACAAAUCUAAAAUAAAGUUUCCUAAGAUUUUAAAUUACUGUGCUUGCUGAGUAAUCUUAUUUGGCACUACCAUGAAGAGUUCAGCACUUCAGACUGACUAGGAUUGAGAUAGUAAACAGAGAAAUAAUUACAUCCCCUGUGGUGUUUAAUUGGGUGAGAGUGUCUUGAACUCAAUCUAUGUAUGUGUAACACGUAAAUAUAAUUGUGAAUGCUUUCUUGUAAAAUAUUCAGAGUUUGAACUGAUCAGUGGUGACAGCAAUUAUCAUAGAAGAGAGAGACCCAGACAAGCAAUCUGGAAUCAUGCUUUUUCUUCCAGAAAAGCCUUUAACAUUAGGCUACGGAAUUGAUGAUGAUCAGAUGCCUCCCACAGUUGUUUAUGUAAAUUACAGUAUU